UGCGAGUUGUACGAAAAGAAUGCCAUAACUUUUCUAUUUCUCGUUCAUUCCCCUGGCGAUUAAUAAAAAAGCAGUCAGUGAUCGAUUUAUCAACGUUCUGUGAACGAAAUUACGCAUUCUUAAUUUUAUUUUUUAUCAAGAUUGCUAUUUGUAAAUAAUAGUUUUAAAAAAUCCGUUUUUCACUUUCUAUAGUUAAUGAUGCAGCUGACCAUGGUCGCAUCAUUUCUCGUACUGCUCUGUCUCUUUGGUACGAUAGCGGCCACGACCAACGGCGCACGAGAUGAUAAUGCGAUGACAAGUCAUGAAGUGAUACCUUCGAAAUAUAUUAUUGGUCCUUCAAGUUCCUGUAUCUUAGGCGUUAAAUCGGUUGCCAUAAAUUUGUAUACAAGUGAUAAUCCUAAAGGCAAAUUUGUUAAAAUAAAUGAAUCCUGCAAUCUUUUCGAUCAUUCAAAACCAGUUUUCGUCAUGACUCAUGGCUUUCUUGCAAACUCACGCGAUUAUAACUUUUCUGAUUUUGCUUCCCUAUUGUUAAAGAAAGAUUAUACAGUAUUUGCACUAGAUUGGUCUAACGCAUCCUGCUAUAACGAUCCAGCCGUCGUAAAGCUGCUAUUGUAUCCUUCUGCAGUGCACAACACUCGCAAAGUUGGUGAAUACCUGGCAAAAUACCUCGAAUCGAUAAUCGACACAUGCCAUGUUCCGUUGAAGAACAUCACACUCAUGGGCCAUAGUCUUGGCGCGCAUAUAAGUGGUUUCGCCGCGAAACACCUCCAGAAAUCGGGUUACGGCAAGAUUCCGCUUCUCAUAGGCACCGAUCCCGCGGCUCCCCUUUUCAUUUGGAGAAUUUGGUAUUGCAAGGACAGAUUUUGCAAAACGGAUGCCGAACGUGUAGUAGCUCUUCACACGUCGGCUCUCGGAUUACAAAUAUCUCUAGGUCAUCUCGAUUUGUGGUUUAAUAACGGAUUAAGCCAACCAAAAUGUGGCGGUUUGAUAAUUGGUAGUCUAAAGGUCAACUGCUCGCAUAAUAUAGCCAUUGAGUAUUUGGCUAUUACAUUGAAAGAUGACUGCGUAUUUAUUGGCAUUCCUAUAUCGUCUAGAAAAAGCCCGAUUCCCAACCCUGUGCCCGGUUGUUCUUCCGAUAAAACCAACUGCGUUGUUAUGGACGACAAACUAUUUGAUCCUAGCGAUACUCUAGAGGGAAACUACUGUGCAUCCGUUUCAUCAGAAUAUCCAUACUGUACGAAGAAAAACGAUAGCUGUAAAAAAUAAGAUGCAGCAAUUCGACACUUUAAUAUCAUGGUGAUAGAAAGAGAGUUCUCUAAUUGUCAAUCUAAUAAAAAGUAUAAUUUGAUUGAGUCACAUAA